ACAAUCGAGAUAUAUCUCGCUCGUAACGUCUAUCUUUUUAGCGCGGCAAACGAUCUCGGUGGUAGCCGCCAUCUUGUAGCUGUCAAAAGUAAGUGAUUCUCGCCUAAUGAUGCUGGACGAGGAGUCGCGUUUUUCUUCUGCGAAUCGUCGCGUUUCCCUCUCGCGAACAUCGUCGUUUCGCGUGAUGUCACGCACUGCGUCUGUCAAUUUGUAAGUCAACUUCGACGAAAUAAUUACGAAUCUGCGACGAAUCUUCUCCCCCAUUGCAAAAUAAUGCCUGACAAUAGUCGGGUUGGACGAGCCGUUUAGGCCGCGGAUGUUACCCGAGACGUGAAAUGCUCUCGCUGACGGCAGACGCGCGCUUCUGCUGAGAAGAGGAUACAUUCACCGAAGGAGAGGAACGAGAUCGCGCUGGCGGAGACUCGCGGAAACCGAGAUACGGAGACGACGGACGACGUCCCGGAGUCGAAUGUCGUCGGGGAGCGGUUGUGCGACACGACGAAGAUGGACGAGCGCGAGAUUCUUUCUCUACCGUCCUUUUCCUCUUCCAACCCGGUGAAGGUGAAUAAGGAACGUCCGCGAAAAAAGCUCUGGCGUAACGCGGUCCAGGUAGUGGCUAGUGACGACUCGAGCGAAGACUCCGACGGCCAUGAAUGUGCUUUCUUUCCGGCUAAGCGACACUGUAGCACGCAGUUGUCCGAAGUCAACGAGACACAUAAUUCGGACAAGGAACAACAUACAACUGCAAACACAGAGACAACAACUAAUAAUGUAGGGAAUAUUGAAUAUGAUGAUAUCAUAUACCAAAUACAGAUUGAAGAGAAGCUUAAAUUAUGGCAAGCUUUUCAAGAGGAAGAAGGAUCCAUGGACAAUAGUGUCAACGAGGUUUUGGCUUACUAUAGAAUGAUGCCUCCACUGAUGCACCCUCCUCUUCUGGAAGAGGAUUCGGUUGGUUCAAGACUUCAUUUAUCGUACAGAGGGAAUGAUAUGGAAGACACAGCAGUGACGAUGGCGAUUCGCAAUCACGGCUUAGUCCAAUCGGUCGAGCUUGCUGUUGAGCCACAUUAUUAUCGUAAACGCUUAGGUGUAGAUUGUUCCUUUUCGUCCGUGUUCAAAUGUAUGUAUGAACUCAAGGACUUUCCUUAUGAAACUGUCUACAGCAAUGUAGAAACGGGAAGAUGCAAUGCGCUGGAUGCGGAUAAAGUAUAUGAAUGUGAUCAGCCAGAAGAUUUCUUGGAACGUGCUGUAGGGGAAGCGAUUAAGAAGAAGGGUCUGAGUGCUUUAAGUGUGGAUUACGGUUGAAUAUGUUGGUUAAUAUACCCUUCUCUCCCCAUUCCUUUGAUGUAUUUAUAUAAUAACAUAGUAUAUCUAAUUGUUGUGCUCUGUAAACCUAUCGCGGUUUUAUUUUAUAGUUAAUUUUUAUCGUACGAGUUAUAAAUGUAUUUUACAAGCAGUAAUCUUUUGAAACAUUUUAUACUCAAAUGUAUACAUUCCGAUGUAACAGAUAUCAAUCAUGUGAUUUGAGAUCUAUUUUAUUCAAGGAUAACUACUAUGAUUGCUUUUUCGAUUAUUAAUCUGUUUAAUAGCCAACUAUUAAUAGUAUUGAUACUAUAUUAA